AAUACCAUUUGAUAAGAUGCUUUCAACUUGUUUACACCGAGUAGCACGAUCCUCUACACAACGAGUUGCCAUUCAACAAUGUUAUUACGCAACAAAGAAAUCCACAGCCAAAGUCAAUCCUGAUGCAGUCGACGUUCAUCAAGCCUUAAAGGUAUUGAAAGCUAUGGAAGUGGGUCACCCUUCUCACCAAAUCGAAGCUCAUAUCCAAUGCAAGAUUGAAAAGUCCACACCUUUGAUUCGCGGUUCUCUUGUUUUACCCAAAAGUAUCAAACAAGAAGCUACCAUUGUAGUUUUUGCCACUGGUAAGAAGGCUGAAGAAGCUCGUGCUGCUGGUGCACAAUAUGUUGGUGGUGAAGAACUUAUUGAACAAGUACAAAAAGGUGAAAUCAAAUUUGACAAGUGUAUUUCUACUCCUCAAAUGUUCCCGGCUGUUACAAAGAUUGCUCGUGUACUUGGUCCAAAAGGUUUGAUGCCCACUGUCAAGAAAGGUACUGUGACGGAUGAUGUAUCUGAUAUUGUAAGAAAAUCAAAGAGUUCCUUUGAUUUUAAGGGUGACAAAUUUGGUGUGUUGCAUACAGGUAUUGGAAAGGUUGAAUUUGAAUCCAAUGAUAUUGAAAACAAUUUGAAGGCUAUACUUGAAGAAUUACGAUUAUUUGGAAAGGCCAACAACCUCAAAGCAUUCAUUCAAAAUGUAUCUCUAUCUUCUACUCGUGGUCCUGGUAUUGCUAUUGCCAAUGGUGCUGCCUUACAAUUAGUUGGUACACGACCUACAGUAUAUAAUACCACACGAUGUUUAAGUACAAGUCAAAUGGCUAAUUCGUCACAUGGCUUAUUACGGUUGAAAGAAUAUUAUGACAGUACUUUGGCUGAAGACCUCAUGAUUCUUGGUUACGACCACUCACGUGUAGCACCACCCACAACCAAAUACCCUGACUUGGAAGUCCAGAUCGAUCGUGCAUUACAAUCUACUGGUGAAGAACAACAAAAGAAACAAGAAACUCCCUAUGUGGCUCGUACUCGUAAAGGUGGCAAACCUGUCAAACCCAUUGCUCCUUUGAAAAGCGCCAAUGCUAUUCCUAAACUGGAUAAAAUCACUUUACAUGCCAUGAUCAAGGAUGCUAUUGGAAAUAAGAGUAAUUUAUUAUCUGCUUUUAUGGCUUUCCAAAGUAUUACUGGUACUCGUCCUGAAGUAGUUUAUGCUCGAACUUCUGUUGCCAAUUGGAAACUUCGUGAAGGUAUGCCUAUUGGUGUCAAAGUGACUUUACGUGGAGAAGAAAUGUAUCAAUUUAUGGAUAAAUUAGUAGAAAUUGUAUUACCUCGAUUGAAAGAAUGGCCUGGUAUGUCAAUGACAGCUGGUGAUGGUAAUGGAAAUGUUGCUAUUGGGUUCCCUCCUUCUGCUUUAGCUCUUUUCCCUGAAAUCGAAGGUUCUUUUGAUGUAUAUCCCAAAAUGACUGGAUUUGAUGUGACAUUCAACACUACUGCUUAUACAAAUACUGAUGGUCGUCUUUUACUGUCUGGCUUCUCUGUUCCUUUCAAAACCAAAUAGAUUAGAUUAUUUUUAUUUAUUUAUUUAUUUAUU